AUGGAUGCUAUCAUAUGGAAUGUAAGGUCAGUGAACACUAAGCAAGCUUUUGAAAGAAUAAUUACAAUGCAUAGACAACAUCAUUUUGAAUUUAUUGGGAUUCUGGAGCCUAUGCAACAAUCUAACAAAAUUGAGAGAUAUAGGGCAAGGAUUGGGUUAGCACAAGCUGUGGUAAAUGUUUCUAAUAAGAUUUGGGCAUUCAUAGAUGAAGUUUUUGAAGUUGAUAUUCUGUAUAAUAUGGCACAGCAGCUGACUCUUAGAUUAUUUCAUACUGAAACACAUGUUGAGCUGGUUCUUACUCUAGUAUAUGCAAAAUGUGAUCAUAUAGAAAGGAUUGAACUAUGGGAUUCUUUAUAUGCAAUGGCUGUAGAUAUGAGUGUUCCCUGGUUGGUAGGAGGAGAUUUUAAUGUGAUAUGGGAUGAGGAAGAAAAAUAUGGAGGAUUACUUGUGUCUCUCAAUGAAGUAGAUGAUUUUAGACAUUGUAUGAAUACCUGCAACUUGACAGAUUUGGGCUUUAAAGGGAGUAUCUAUACAUGGUGGAAUGGGAGAUCUGAGGAAGAUUGUAUCUUUAAGAGACUUGAUAGAUGUUUUGGGAAUGCUGAAUUGCAACAGACUUUUCCUGGUUUGGAAGUUACUCACUUGUCCAAAACAGGAUCUGACCAUAGACCAAUGUUAUUAAAAUGUGAUAUUGAAACUUCUCCUAUUAAGAAACCUUUUAGAUUUCUUAAUUUCUGGGUUAAACAUGAAUCAUUCAAAGAUGUUGUUAAAGAAAAUUG